AGCCCAAAGGUUCAGGCCUUUUAGGGUUUAUGGUUUACUUCAUAUCCUCCCUGCUUGUUUCAUCGAUAAUAAUCAAAAUCUUUUAUGCGUUAGUGAUCCCUGUUUUCCACUCAAGAUCGAGGGAAGUUUAGAACUUCAGGGUUUUUUAAUAGAAAGGGUACUGUCUUUUUGUGAAUCAUGGGAACUCCAGAAACAUCUCGAGAGCCAUGCCCUGAUCGAAUACUCGAUGAUAUUGGUGGUGCUUUUGGCAUGGGUGCCGUUGGAGGUGCCGCCUUUCACUUCUUGAAAGGCACAUAUAACUCCCCAAGUGGAGCUCGGUUGAUGGGAGGAACACAAGCAGUUCGUAUGAAUGCCCCUCGCGUCGGUGGUAGCUUUGCUGUUUGGGGUGGCCUUUUCUCCACCUUUGAUUGCACCAUGGUGUACCUCCGACAGAAAGAAGAUCCAUGGAACUCGAUUAUAGCUGGUGCUGCCACCGGAGGGUUUCUUUCAAUGCGUCAAGGACUUGGUGCAGCUUCCAGAUCAGCAGUGUUUGGUGGGGUUUUGCUUGCAUUGAUUGAAGGAGCUGGAAUCAUGUUGAAUAAAUUUCUCAGUCAACCACAAAUGCCUAUCAUGAUAGAAGAGCCAGCACCAAAUGUAGCUGGAAUGCCUGGAUACCCAAUGGGGCAAUUGCCAAACCAAGCCCCAGUAUCAAUUGACAGCUUGAGACAGGCCUCACCUUCGUCAUCGUCAACAUCAUCUGGUUCCUCAUCGGAUUCUUCAUUUUCAUGGUUUGGAGGACUUUUUGGUGGUGGAAAGAAGCAGGAAUCAGCUACAGGCAGUGGAAGUAAAACUGAGGUUUUGGAGAGCUUUGAUGCUCCUCCGGUGCCAUCAUUUGAAUACAAAUGAAUUUGUGGCUUAGCCGUUGCCAUUUUGCCCCUAUUAGCAUCAAAUUCCGAACUUAUGUAUCUGCAUUGCUGCCCCUUUUUAAUAUGGAUAAUUAGAAGUGUUUUUGAACUUAUUCAUUCUAUUGAAUCAGUAGUGUUUAUCCA